GAAACUUGCCUCGAUCUUUAGCUAGAAUGGAUCAGAACACUGUAGUUUAUGCACCAACUGCCUCAAACAUUACCAAAGACACUGCAAAGUUGGAAUCAACCAUCCCACCCGUUCUACAGUUUCUGUUUGGGGUUACAGGUAAUAUAAUUGCCUUUAUUGUACUUUUCUCCUCUAGAAAGAAACAUAAGUGGAAGCCGUUUUACAGACUCGUCGCUGGGUUAGCUUUGACUGAUGGUGGAGGAAUUUUAUUAAUAUAUCCAACAGUUUUGGUUAGAUAUGCAUCAAAUUUCACCUACGAUUUUCCAAAACCUCUCUGUAACUACAGUUCCUUUAUGUUUAUAGUCCUGCUGACAUCGUCUGCGAUGAUAGUUUGCGCAAUGUCUUUCGAUCGUUUCAUGGCUAUUCUGUAUCCCUUACGCUACAAUAAUAUUAGAAAGAAAUAUCGAGCUAACAUCACAUUAGCACUGAUCUGGACUACUGCAGCCUUCGUUUCAAGCUUGCCACUGAUGGGUCUUGGGUCUAGCAUAUUAUACUAUCCGGGAUCCUGGUGCUUUUUGAACUUUGUUAGUACAUCUACCGUGGACAGGAUCAACUCUAUCAUUUACUCUUUGCUGGGACUGAUGAUUCUGUUUUCAACAAUUUUCUUUAAUGGAAGUGUGAUCUUCUCACUUUGCAAGAAUCAAAUCAAAAACAAGGUUUCUCCGAAAACAAGAAAGCGAAGCGACAUCUUCAAUGCCAUAUUCUUGCUUGUAUUAGUUUCAGUCUUUGCAGCUUGUUGGACUCCACUUAUGGUUGUCAUUUUUGGAAAUGCCACCAAAUUGAUUAUUGAGGAUGAUUCCGUUGACCUUCUAGCAGUUCGACUAAGCAUCUCAAAUUCCGUCGUGGACCCUUGGAUUUACAUCUUACUCAGGAGGGAACAUUUAAUUGCAAUCAAACGGAAAUUUGAAAAUACGUUUGGUAAAAUCAUUUUUGCGGCUAACAGUAGGCAUGAUGCCAUACCAUCAACAGAUGCCCGUCAAAAAAGUUUGGAAAAUACCAUGUCGUCAGGCAAAACACUUUCUACGGACAAUUUAAGCAAGUAAAAAAGGGUUCAUUCAUUUAAGGUACAUAAAUUCCAUUUUGUAACGUUUUCAAAGCACAUGUGUACAAAUGAGUGAACAUGUUUUUUAUUUUACUUUUGGUUGCAAAAAAUAUACAUCUUAAGGAAUAAUGUUAAUGUUCAGCUUUAUAUGAAUACUGGUAUAAUAUGUCCAAACAAUUUUGUACAUAAAUAUAAUUAUGUCAUUUUUGUAUUAUUGAAGGAAUAAGAAAUCAUUCUUUGAGUAUUAUAAGGUGAUAAUUUCGGUUGGGGCGUGAUCAAAUCCAAUAAAUCCCGAAGGGCUUUAUGAUAGAUUAGACCACGCUCCGACCGAACUCAUGAUCAUCACUUCAUUAUAUUCAAAUAACGAUUUCUUAUUAUUUAUACUUAUAUUAUUUCCAAUAUGUACACUUUAAAGGUGUAUGUGGCGUAUUUGGAGUAAACUUUUUGACGUGAGUUUGAGUAAAAAUAUACAUCAUACUUCUUAUUAUUAGACGUUUCACAAAUUCUAGGCCAUUUAAACACGUUCUUUCUUUAGUUUUUUGCCUCUAAACUUGCUACACGUCUGAUGAAUAUUAAUGUGAUCCGCCAUAUGUAACACAAUUGCGCAUGAGUGCGGGAAAACCCAAUAUUGAAAACAUAACGGAUGAACAGUUUAUUUACAAAUUAGAAUCGCGUUUUUCAUGUCUUAAAUUAGAUAAUUCUUAUAUCAGAUGAUAUCCGAAGCUUUAUUAUUCCGUUAUAUAUUAAUGUAGACCGAUAUAAAUUGCUAAUUAUGUGUAAUAAAGAUGAAAUAUGAUUUUAGCAUCAACGACACGGUAAAACGAGUGAAUACACCCUCUCCCUGAGGGAUGCAUGUACUGAGAGUGUUUAUUCAUUCUUUAUUCAAAAAUUCCUCUAAACGAAAAUUCACUUGUGGUUGAUAACUUAUAAAUUUAAGACAUGGAACACAUGGAGCACGUACGAACCUGACAAGCAAAACCCGGCUUACAACUUCAAGAUAAAGACUUAAGUUUAAUUCGGCUUUAAUUCCUAUUCCAUCAAUCUACAUGGUCAAGGAUGACAAUCUUUCCUAUCCUUGUUAGUUUGUCUCUUUUUUGCAAACUUAACGGUAUACAUGUACCUAUCUUUCUCGUCGUCGUCAUUUUUGUUGUGAUAGACUGAGCGGGGUAUCACGUGACCGAUUUAAGGAGGGUUUAUUCAAUUGCUACAUUUUUGUCGACUACACAAUAAUUUUAAAAAUUAUUUAUUAACUUCAAUAUCUUUUUAACCCGAUUGGUAUAAACUGCGUAAUUUAUUGUGAAGAUUUAUCUUUAUAUAACACAUUUAAAUAAAUAAGUCAAUCAAAUAUUUCUUAGCAUGAAAAAAUACGCCACAUAUAAUGUCCUUUAAAACAACAAUAAUUUAAAAAUACCUUUUUUUUUUAUGUAGCACAUGCUAUGUAUUACUACGCGGCGCAGCCAAAAACAUUUCUAGGUUAUGAUAUGAGACACACUCAUUUUGUAUCACUCAUGUUUUAUGAAAGUUAUUGAGUUUAGGGGUUCAAAAUUGAUUCGUAAUGUUUUCACAGACAAAGACAGUUGAAAAUGUAAAUAUUUACGUUUUAAUACUCACAUUUAUCACAUUGUUCGAUUUCAGUUUUUUGAUGUUAACAGACGUUACUGCGUUUAUUAAUCUCUAAAAAAUAAAGCAAUACUUCUUUAGCCUGUGUAAUAAUGUGCUACAUUUUCUUCAUGCUUUAUGUGUUAUGCAAUUUAUAUCUGUAAUC